AUGGGCAGGAUCAUCUUCUAUGAGGACAAGAACUACCAGGGUCGCAGGUAUGAGUGUGACAGCGACUGCACUGACUUCCACUCCUACCUGAGUUGCUGCAACUCGGCCCAAGUGGAGAGCGGGACCUGGGUGAUCUACGAGAGGCCGAACUACAUGGGCUACCAGUACGUCCUGAGCAGAGGCGACUACCCCGACUACCAGAGCUGGUUAGGCCUCAACGACAGAGUCUGCUCCUGCAAGAUGAUUCACUUCACCAGUGGAGAUCCUUACAAGAUCCAGCUCUAUGUCAAAGGAGACUUUGCCGGUCGGGUGUUUGAGGCGACUGAAGACUGUCCCUCUGUGCUGGAGAACUUCCACUGGAGGGAGAUCCACUCCUGCAGGGUCCUGGGAGGCUGGUGGGUCUUCUACGAGCACCCGCACUACAAGGGACGCCAGUACCUGCUGGAGAAAGGCGAGUACCGCAAACCAGUGGACUGGGGCGCUGUCUGUCCCACUGUACAGUCUUUCAGAAAGCUAACAGAGUAG